GACACAGGAAUCUCCCUUUAAUCGCAAAGACGUUAUCAUUGUUUCUGUCCAAACAGACACAUUUUCAUCGAAGAACGUGCACUAAUAAAUAAUUACACGUUUGUCUUCGCUUCAGACGGAAUUUUUGAACAUAAUAGACAUUAUCAAAGGAGUUGUAAUCAAAGUAAAAUAAUAGUCUUAAACGACUUAAUUAAGUUACAUAGUAUUAGUAAGAGUACUAAAGUCUAAACGAGACGUAAAUACUUUUUUUUAAUGUAAAAGAAGUGUAGGCCUAGGCCUGGACAAAUUUUCAUUAUGACUAAUAUUGAUAAUGAGUGAGACAAAUACUAACUAAUGAGUAAUGAGGCUAAAAAUCUUUAAUUAAAAUUACUUUGUUAACUCCUUAAAUUGAAUUAAAUGACAUCUUGAGUAGUAAUGCUUGUGCUUGAUAAAUUUAAUUAAAAAAACUUAAACUUAACUUGACUUAAGUGUACUAAAUUAAAUAGUUAAAUCGGUUAAAUUUUAAUUGAUUUUCACUGCAUCACUGCAACUACUCAGGCUACUGUUACGACUACUGUGUGUGCUAAUGACUAAUGUACCGUGAUUGUGGCAUUGAGUUGACAUCAGUGGAGGAAUUAAACCUAUUCAGUCAUAGUCAUACUACAAGUAGUACUAAUACUAUACUAUACUAUUAGCCUAGCUAGAAAUACAACUGACUUUGGCAAGGUCUCUCUUAAACUUUCUAACCAGACUCUAAUUUAUAAAACACAUUCAUGACAUGUGAGUGUGACAUACAUAAGUCAAAGUAUGGAGUUAGUGAUACCUCCAAGAGUAGGAAAAGCACAGAGAGUAUGUAUAGGCAUUUAACUAUUUUAAAACAGUGGUGGAUACUAAAAGACAUUACUUAACCUAGUACCACUGCAAUAACAAAAAAGUGUCAGAUACUGACAGUUUAUAUAGAGCAACUGUUUAUAUAGAACAAUAAAUUUAUUACACACCAUUAUGAAUUUUAGCCACAGUAUUUUUUCAAAUGUAUGUUUUUACUUGUAGUGUGCCGUGGAAUUCAUUGUGUGCAUCAUAGGGAAAAAAAGUUUGCUGAGCAUUAGUCUAGACCAGGGUUGGCCAACAUUUUUUGUUCUGAAAGCUGCUAAAGUUAUCCAACAGCUAUUAGUAUGGAUAUUUUAUGCCUACAUAUUCGCUAACAUGAUAAUAAGUGGGAGGAUCUGCAAUCAAGUUAUGAAUAAGGAAAUUACCCAAACAAAGUAUAGGAAAACUGAAAAAUGGAUGUAACAAAACAACUAACGUGUCUGCAAGAAGCCUUCUUCAGCAAAUAAACAACAGUGAAAACCAUAUAAAAAUUUUAUAAAUUAACAAAGGGACCUUAUUUGGUUAAUAAAUAACAAUAAUUUUCAGUCUUUUUUAAUAGCCUUAUACUUUCUGGCUAGUAUUUACUAUUGAUUGUUGUGCAUUCAGAUAAUUAAAAAGUUAUCAUGAGCUAAGUUAAUCAAUGUGAUAAACAUUAUCAAUGUGAAAUGAAUCUAGAAAGAAUAGAAAAUUACUCUUUCAUUAUUUAUAACAGCACAGGACAACUUGAAAAUGUUUGAUUUGUUUGUAAUUUAAGUUUUGAAUCCAUUUAAAUAAUUAUUUAUUUAUUUUCUAAUUCCAGGUUAUUGAGACUUCUAAAUAAUUUUAGCAGGCAAUGGUUAUAACAAAUUUGCACCCAAGUUUCGGUAAAAAGGUUGUUUAUAUCUUGGAUUGCAAAGUGUGUGGGGAAACAGUGUGCCGUAGGGGCAUGCUAGCUGUCUUGGUGGCUGAUGGAAAGACAGAGCUUUUUUCCACUGACAAAUAUGAUAAAAAGUAAGCAAUCCUUUUACCUUAUAUAUUUUUAUCCAGCAUUUUUCUAAUGUUUGAGCGACCGAAGCAAAAGAUUAAUAAAUUUAGAAGACCUUCUCUUUCAAAAAUUGAAAAACUAAAAAUGAUUGAUAUAAAAAAAAAAUGAUCAGACAUGUUUAAAAAAAUGUCCAUUUAUUUGGAUCAGUAAAGAAUCGUAUCUUAUAUUAAAUGCUAAACUGUGGCAAAAGACCCAGAAUCUACCAACAGAUAAUGAAAUAAUGGAAAGAAAGUGGAGGUUGAUGAACAAAAAAUGCACUAGAAUACCAGGCAGGCAAGUCUCAGGGUGAAGAAGAUUAAUUAGACAUGGACAAUUAGUGUCAAUAUCAAAACAUUUAAAUAAGUACAAAUUAAAUAUACAUAAUGUAAAUAUAUACAUGUAUCCUACCUAAAAGAGAGAAAAGAAUAGGAGUGGGCGCAAAAAACAGACAGAAAUAAAGUAAAGAAGAAUGGAAAGAAAGUGAUUUGAAGUAAAAUUUAAAAAACCAAACAGGAAAAUGAGAUGGUAGCGACGUAAAUUUGUCUAAUCAAUCUAUUUUAAAGCUUUAUUGCAGUCCAACACUUAUAGAGGGUGAAGAGGGCAUGGGUCGCCUAAGAAUUUUUUAGAAAAGACCUGAAUAGAAAGUCUGAGGUGAUGGGCUUUGCUCGGCAAGUCACUAAGUAGAUCACAGAGAGAAGAAAGGGCUGGUUAUCACCUAUGCCAGUUUACGGAUGCAAGAGGAUGUUGAUAAGAAUAAAGUUUAAUUUAUGAAACUCUUUGCUAUACUGUUUUACUUAUACAAUCUGUUUGUGUCUUAUUAAUUUACCUAAGUUUUAUCGCAGUCCAACCAUGAAAAUGUUUGUUUUUUAAUUUUGAAAAAGAGUAGCUAAUAAUUUAGAUUUCAUAGCAGUUUAAUUUGGGCAUAACAAAUAUGAAUACAAAAAAUCUAUUUGCAAAGCUAUAAAAAGGAUAUAGGCUAAUUUGAAAUACACAGUAUAGUGUUCCACUGUCUAUCGCUGGGUUUAGGUUCCAGAACCCCCCACCCCACCCCUUCCCAUUAGGUGAAAAUCACCAAAAUUGUGACUUUAAUUAAUUUUAUAUAUAUAUAGAUAUAUUAAAGCUUUAUAAACCCUCCCCAAAGCUCUUAAACCUAUUAACCUUUCCAACACUCAUAUAAAUAGCUUAGACAACGCAGAAGGUUUGGGCGACAUAUUAGGUCUUGAAAUAAACUCAUUUUUUUUACAAACGCAACAUCGCAUAGCAACAGUUAAAAAUCUGUGAGACAGUAAAAUGAAAACGCUAUUGACAAAGGAUCACUGUAUUAGAAGGCUUUGAAAAUACCAAAAAGCGCAAUGAAUUUGUUGGCCUGGAGCUGUGUUUAUUUCCCUCCCAGUCUUCCUAAAAUUAUGCUUAAAAAGAACAUACCAAAAGUAAUAAAAUAAACUUGAGUGAUCCAACUUUUUUGUUAGAGAAACAUUGAAGCUUAAUCUCUGGUAAAUCACAUCAAUUUUGGAUCUUUUUUUUCAACAGUGUUGUUGGUGUGAUACCUGAAGUGUUUACUGCAAAAAAUUGCAAGUGCAAAAUUCAAAGUCUGGCUUGUUUGUGUUGGUGAGAGCAGUAACGUUUCUUUUUUAUUAUAUAUUUUUCAGACCUAUAAGAGGAUUCAUUGUAAACUCAAAGUCUGUUUAAUUUUCCAUUCCAUUGUAUCAUAAUUAAGUCAAAUUACUUCUCUGCACUUGUUAAAGAAACUGUAUUUAAGUGCUUCAGUAUCUUAUUCUUCAUUUACAAAGUCUGAUUGUUAAAAAACUUAAAUGAGGAGGUUCAAUGCUUCAGCAUUGAAAUCUGGGAAUUUAGAUGGUCUAAAAAAAAACAUUCGUAUAGCCAUCUUUUUACCUAAAUUACAGCAAACACAUUAAAAGUCUGUUAAAGUUCACAUGGUUGAUUAAUAAAAGAACUAUUUAUACUGAAUCCGCUUUAACCAUCUCUGAACAUCUCUUCUGUUAUUGAGUUGUUGCUUCUUUUGAGGCAUAAGAAGUAUUUAUUAUAAUUUAAAUAACUCUUUGUUCUUUUUCAAGUUUGCUCUUUAAUGGCCCAAAAAGUCAAACGUGUUUUAAAGGAUAAAAUCAAAUCUUGUUAAAUAGAAUAAUAAUGUUGUUGUUUUUUUCCAGUGGUGGAGUUGUUGGUUACCAUGUUGUAUUGCCAUGUAUGAAGUGCCUGACAUCUGUUAACAAUGGACACCACUGUAUGUUUGACAGCAGUCUUGUGUCCCAUUGUUACAGGUUGGACGAAGAAGGUAAGACAGUAAUAUCUAGAGUGGUGGUGGGAAAAUUGACAUUUGUUUGUCGCCAGGCGUUGGCUAUUUUUUUAUUUUAAAUGAUAAAUACCAUUUAUUUAUUAAUAAUUAAAUCAUUCACAAAAUUAAACUCUUUGUCAAUUGUCAUUUUUAAAAGUAAAGUUAAUAAGGUUCAGCAUAUUCCGCGGUGGGCCUGGUGGGAUGUAAGCGACCUGACGAACUCUCACCAUCUUAGAGAUAUCACCCAUGUCAAAAAAAAAAAAAUAACAUUCUUCACCACUGCAUGGCCACUAAAAAUAUUUCAGGAACAAAACCUUUUACAACUGGCUUGGUUUAACUUGUUUUGUAUGUGUUCAUGAAUAGUACUAAACUGGUUAGAAAAUGUUUACUUGUUUCAUUUAAUCUCCAGGUGGUGGAUAUCUUCUUUGGAAACAGUUAAAAUCACCCAAAGAUGAUGACCUUAUGUCUGUUGAGUGUCUUCGAUAACAUGUCCUUUGACCUGCUUGCCACAGUCUUUCUUACAUGGCAUGUUUUGUAUAAGGUAGUUUUGAGAGAUAUUAUAUGACACUUAAUAAUGUGAUCAUCUGAAUACCUCUAAGAAAGAAAGAUAAUUUUUAUAGAAAUACCCAUUUUCUUGUUUGCUAAUUUAGUUUUAAUAUUAUUUAGGGACCAGAGACUCUUAGAGUCAUAUCAUAUAAUUGUACUAAAUCUGGUUAUUUUCAGAUCUCAUUGCCUCUAAAUAACGACUGAUUAAUUUUCUGUUUCAUUAAAAUAUGCUUUAUUUUACUAUACACAUAAACAUUUCAAAACAAUUUUCAGCAUGGCAUUGGCAUUUAAAACAACUAGCAUUACAUUCAAUAAAAGCUAGUCUAGUUUUUCAUAUUACUAUUAUUUGUCUGUUUCAAGAAAACUUUUUUUUUAGUUCACAAACAAAUUAAACGGUUAGCUUAAAAAAAAAAAAUUAAACAGUAAAUUCAUUUUCUUAUCGUGCAACCUUGAUGAUUUUCAAAGAAUUUAUCUUUAUGCUAAGUAUUUGUACUUGCAUUGUUUACAUGUUGCUCACCCAUAACUUUAUUAAUUUUUUAAAACCUGUAAUUUACUCAAAAUUAACGGAGUAAAACUUCAGAGUGGUGGUUUAAAUGAUUCAUGAACACAGGGUGACCUAUCAGAAGAGUGGUAUUUUGGAAAAUGGUUUGGAACUUGCUUCUCUCUGUUCUGGUCAUGUUCAUUUGUUAUGCGGAUGGUGGUAGUAAAUUUUGUCUUUGCUAUGACCUGAUCUAUCAGAGACUCAGUGAUCUUUGUAUUUUAAGGCCCAGCAUACUUGGGAACAACAAAACUUCAGUCCUGUAACACUUAAUGUUGUUGUUCAAUUCUUCAGGUAUCAUCCCUUUAUUCAUACAAUAUUUAUGCUCUUUGCAUAAUAUAAGUGAUGUUGGUAUUAGAAAGUGUCAGAUAAGAUUUGUCAGGUGGUGUGAUAAUGCAGCUAAUGUUUCAUUAUUGAUUUGUUAUUAAGUUCCUAGGACAAGAAAUAAUCUCCACUAAAACUUCAUUUGUCUGGAUAAAGAGUUUUGUCUUAAAAUAAGUGAUAUAUGACCGCCAGAUUAAAAAAUGAAACAUUUCAACUUGAUCAGCAUUGUUUUUACCGAAUUGAGUUCUCUAGAACUAAUAGGAAUCCACUCUUUAGGUAAUCCCAGUGCAUUCGCUCUUUUUGGCUAAUGCUAAUACAUCCAAAAUAUGCAGCAUCUUUUGGGUAGCAGAGAGCCACUCUGAUACAACAUAGGACUCAUUCCCAUCUACAGCCUUCCCAAGGUCCAUCUAUAGGGCACCAAGUAAGGAAGUGAGCAUUGGUCUCUGGGGCAUCAGUGUAGAAUAUAUAGGUCAGGUCCCUGGAGCCGUCUAGCUGUUUGAAGUAUGAUUGCACUGGGCAAAAUUGUGUUCUUAUUUGUUUCACCAAGCUCUGAUUUUGGGUUUUCAAUUUCCUCCAAAAUCACUUUUACCAAGUCCAGGCAUGUAACCAUACUUACCUCUAGGAAAAAUAAAAUGAGUAAAACUGAGUAUGGUUAAACCUGAAAAAUUAAACGCAACAAAACAGCGAACGUGUCGGCAGAAAGCCUUCGUCAGCGAACAAAACAACAGAAAAAACGUUAUAAAAAUAAGAAAUAGCACUUAGCUGGUAAGUAGUAUCUGUGGGCAGCAAUAGG